GCCUUGGCCGCCGCGGGCCAGCGGCUCGUACUCCGCGCUGCUGAAGGAACGGGCUCUUCCCGGGAGGGAGUCGCUGCCGGCGGAUCGCAGAGUGCGAGGGCCCGGGAGGCGGGGACCGAGCGCCGCGACCCGCCAUGGCUCAGGCGGCCAAACAGCUGAAGAAAAUCAAAGACAUCGAGGCGCAGGCCCUUCAGGAGCAGAAGGAGAAGGAGGAAUCCAACAGGAAGCGGCGGAACCGCUCCCGUGACCGCAAGAAGAAGGCUGAUGCUGCUACCAGCUUCCUGAGGGCAGCACGCUCGGGAAAUCUAGACAAAGCUCUGGAUCACCUACGUAAUGGAGUGGACAUCAACACCUGUAACCAGAACGGGUUGAAUGGUCUGCAUCUGGCCUCUAAAGAAGGCCAUGUGAAGAUGGUGGUUGAACUACUGCACAAAGAGAUCAUUCUAGAAACAACAACCAAGAAGGGGAAUACUGCUCUGCAUAUCGCUGCCCUUGCUGGUCAGGAUGAGGUGGUCCGGGAGCUGGUCAACUAUGGAGCCAACGUCAACGCCCAGUCUCAGAAAGGCUUUACUCCCUUAUACAUGGCGGCCCAGGAGAAUCACUUGGAGGUGGUGAAGUUUUUGCUGGAGAAUGGAGCCAAUCAGAACGUAGCCACAGAAGAUGGCUUCACUCCGCUGGCUGUGGCUCUACAGCAGGGACACGAGAAUGUGGUGGCUCACCUCAUCAACUAUGGAACGAAGGGAAAAGUGCGCCUCCCUGCCCUGCACAUUGCAGCCCGCAACGAUGACACACGGACAGCUGCAGUACUUCUGCAGAAUGACCCCAACCCAGACGUGCUCUCCAAGACUGGAUUCACACCCCUCCACAUCGCAGCUCAUUAUGAGAAUCUCAACGUGGCCCAGCUGCUCCUCAACAGGGGGGCCAGUGUCAACUUCACACCUCAGAAUGGCAUCACACCCCUGCACAUCGCCUCCCGCAGGGGAAAUGUCAUCAUGGUGAGGCUCCUGCUGGACCGAGGGGCUCAGAUAGAAACAAGGACCAAGGAUGAAUUGACACCGCUCCACUGUGCAGCUCGGAACGGACACGUGAGAAUCUCAGAGAUCCUGCUGGACCAUGGGGCACCCAUCCAAGCCAAAACCAAGAAUGGCUUGUCCCCAAUUCACAUGGCGGCUCAGGGAGACCAUCUCGACUGUGUCCGACUUCUAUUGCAAUACAAUGCAGAGAUAGAUGACAUCACCUUGGAUCACCUGACUCCUCUCCACGUGGCAGCCCACUGUGGUCACCACAGGGUGGCUAAGGUUCUUUUGGAUAAAGGGGCCAAGCCAAACUCCAGAGCCCUGAAUGGCUUCACCCCCUUACACAUUGCCUGCAAGAAGAAUCACAUUCGUGUCAUGGAGCUGUUGCUGAAGACAGGGGCCUCCAUCGAUGCAGUCACUGAGUCUGGACUGACACCUCUCCAUGUGGCGUCCUUCAUGGGACACCUUCCUAUUGUGAAGAACUUACUACAGAGGGGAGCGUCACCCAAUGUCUCCAAUGUGAAAGUAGAGACCCCGUUGCACAUGGCAGCCCGAGCAGGGCAUACUGAAGUGGCCAAAUACUUGCUCCAGAACAAAGCCAAAGUCAAUGCCAAGGCCAAGGACGACCAGACACCGCUUCACUGUGCGGCUCGCAUCGGCCACACAAGCAUGGUGAAGCUCCUGUUGGAGAAUGGCGCUAGCCCCAACCUGGCUACCACUGCGGGCCACACGCCCCUGCACACGGCAGCCCGUGAGGGCCACGUGGACACAGCCCUGGCCCUUCUGGAGAAGGAAGCAUCCCAAGCCUGCAUGACCAAGAAAGGAUUUACCCCUCUCCAUGUGGCCUCUAAGUAUGGGAAGGUACUGGUGGCCGAACUGCUCCUGGAACAUGAUGCACACCCCAACGCGGCUGGAAAGAAUGGCUUGACUCCCCUACAUGUAGCCGUCCAUCACAACAACUUGGACAUCGUCAAGCUUCUACUUCCCAGAGGUGGUUCCCCGCACAGCCCUGCCUGGAAUGGCUACACUCCUUUGCACAUUGCUGCCAAGCAGAACCAGAUAGAGGUGGCUCGAAGUCUGCUGCAGUAUGGGGGGUCAGCGAAUGCGGAGUCUGUACAAGGUGUGACCCCAUUGCACCUUGCUGCCCAAGAGGGCCACACGGAAAUGGUGGCUCUUCUCCUGUCAAAACAAGCCAAUGGCAACCUGGGAAAUAAGAGUGGACUCACUCCUCUCCACCUGGUAGCACAAGAAGGCCAUGUUCCAGUGGCAGACGUGCUGAUCAAGCAUGGCGUCACAGUGGAUGCUACCACACGGAUGGGUUACACCCCACUCCACGUGGCCAGCCAUUAUGGAAACAUCAAGCUGGUGAAGUUUUUGCUACAGCACCAGGCGGAUGUCAAUGCCAAGACCAAGCUAGGAUACAGCCCCUUGCACCAAGCAGCUCAGCAAGGACACACAGACAUUGUGACACUGCUUCUGAAGAAUGGUGCUUCUCCAAAUGAGGUCAGCUCGAACGGAACCACACCUCUGGCAAUAGCCAAGCGUUUGGGCUAUAUUUCUGUAACAGAUGUGCUCAAGGUGGUCACGGAUGAAACCAGUGUUGUGUUAGUCAGUGACAAACAUCGGAUGAGCUAUCCGGAGACGGUGGAUGAGAUCCUGGAUGUGUCUGAAGAUGAAGGAACUGCUCAGAUAUCUGUAAUGGGCGACGAACUUGUUGGCUCCAAGGCUGAGAGGCGGGACUCCCGCGAUGUGGGUGAGGAGAAAGAGCUGUUGGAUUUUGUGCCGAAGCUAGACCAAGUGGUGGAAUCUCCAGCCAUCCCAAGGAUCCCUUGUGUCACCCCCGAGACUGUGGUCAUCCGAUCUGAAGACCCAGAACAGGGGUCUAAAGAGUACGAUGAGGACUCACUCAUCCCCAGUAGCCCAGCCACAGAGACGUCAGACAACAUUAGCCCCGUGGCCAGUCCUGUGCACACAGGGUUUCUGGUGAGUUUUAUGGUUGAUGCCCGAGGAGGAUCCAUGAGAGGGAGUCGUCAUAAUGGCCUGAGGGUGGUGAUCCCUCCCCGGACGUGUGCAGCACCCACACGCAUCACCUGCAGACUGGUCAAGCCUCAGAAGCUGAACACACCACCCCCGCUGGCUGAGGAAGAGGGUCUAGCCAGCAGGAUCAUCGCACUGGGGCCCACGGGGGCCCAGUUCCUUAGCCCGGUGAUUGUGGAGAUCCCCCAUUUUGCCUCUCAUGGCCGUGGGGACCGUGAACUGGUGGUACUGAGGAGUGAAAACGGCUCUGUGUGGAAAGAGCACAAGAGCCGCUAUGGAGAAAGCUACCUGGACCAGAUCCUUAAUGGCAUGGAUGAAGAGCUGGGGACCCUGGAGGAGCUGGAGAAAAGGCGCGUGUGUCGCAUCAUCACCACCGACUUCCCCCUGUACUUUGUGAUCAUGUCACGGCUGUGCCAGGACUACGACACCGUUGGUCCUGAAGGGGGCUCCCUGAGAAGCAAGCUGGUGCCCCUGGUACAAGCAACAUUCCCGGAAAACGCUGUCACCAAGAAAGUGAAGCUGGCUUUACAGGCCCAGCCUGUCCCCGAUGAGCUGGUGACCAAGCUCCUGGGCAACCAGGCCACGUUCAGCCCCAUUGUCACUGUUGAGCCAAGGCGCCGGAAGUUCCACCGUCCCAUUGGGCUUCGAAUCCCACUCCCUCCCUCGUGGACUGACAACCCCAGGGACAGUGGGGAAGGGGACACCACCAGCCUGCGCCUACUGUGCAGCGUCAUUGGUGGAACUGACCAAGCCCAGUGGGAAGACAUAACGGGAACAACCAAGCUUGUGUAUGCCAACGAGUGUGCCAACUUUACCACCAAUGUCUCAGCCAGGUUUUGGCUGUCAGACUGCCCUCGGACUGCAGAGGCCGUGCACUUUGCCACCCUGUUGUACAAAGAGCUCACUGCGGUCCCCUACAUGGCCAAGUUUGUCAUUUUUGCCAAGAUGAAUGACCCUCGGGAAGGACGGCUCCGCUGCUACUGCAUGACAGAUGACAAAGUGGACAAGACCCUGGAACAGCAUGAGAACUUUGUGGAGGUGGCACGGAGCAGGGACAUAGAGGUUCUGGAAGGAAUGCCUCUAUUUGCAGAACUCUCUGGGAACUUGGUGCCUGUGAAGAAAGCAACCCAACAGCGAAGCUUCCACUUCCAGUCAUUUCGAGAGAACCGUUUGGCCAUCCCUGUGAAGGUGAGGGACAGCAGUCGCGAGCCAGGAGGGUUCUUAUCAUUCCUGCGAAAGGCGAUGAAGUACGAAGACACACAGCACAUCCUCUGCCACUUGAAUAUCACCAUGCCCCCCUGCACCAAGGGUGGUGGAGCAGAAGACAGGAGGAGGACCCUGACACCUCUAAGUCUUCGAUACAGCAUUCUCAGCGAGUCCAGGCUGGGUUUUACCAGUGACACAGACCGUGCUGAUAUGAAGAUGGCUAUCAUCACAGAGCACCUCGGCCUCAGCUGGGCAGAGCUGGCCCGGGAACUGCAGUUCACCGUGGAAGACAUCAACAGGAUCCGUGUAGAAAACCCCAACUCCUUGUUGGAGCAGAGUGCGGCCUUGCUGACCCUCUGGGUGGCGCGUGAAGGCGAAAAUGCGAAGAUGGAGAAUCUGUACACAGCCCUGCGGAACAUCGAUAGAAGUGAGAUUGUUAACAUGUUGGAGGGCUCCGGCAGGCAGAGCCGCAACCUCAAACCAGACCGGCGGCAUGGAGACCGGGACUAUUCAUUGUCACCAUCCCAGAUGAAUGGUUACUCCUCGCUGCAGGACGAGCUGCUGUCCCCUGCCUCCCUGCACUACGCACUUCCCUCUCCACUGUGUGCAGACCAGUACUGGAACGAAGUGGCUGUCAUAGACGCCAUCCCCCUGGCGGCCACGGAGCAUGACACCAUGCUGGAGAUGUCUGACAUGCAGGUGUGGUCUUCGGGCCUCACCCCCUCCCUGGUCACUGCUGAGGACUCCUCCCUGGAGUGCAGCAAGGCCGAGGACUCUGACGCCACACAAGAGUGGAAGUUGGAGGGGGCACUCUCAGAGGAUGCACAGGGCCCGGAGCUGGGCUCUCAGGACCUGGUGGAGGACGACACAGUGGAUUCAGAUGCCACAAAUGGCCUGGCUGAUGUGCCAGGUCAAGAGGAAGGUCAGAGGUCAGAAAAGAAGAGGCAGGAGGUCACAGGCACAGAGCAGGACACGGACACUGAAGUGUCUCUUGUUUCAGGCCAGCAGCGAGUUCAAGCCCGAAUCACAGACUCACCCACAGUGAGGCAGGUGUUGGACAGAAGCCAGGCCAGGACACUGGACUUGGAUAAACAGGGCUCCACAGUGCCCUAUCCACAAGAAGUUGCACAAGGUUCCUGGCAAGAGGAGGUCACACAAGGCCCGCACUCAUUCCAAAGAAAGAUCACCACCAUCCAAGGGCUGGAGCCCACCUCACUUCAGGGAUAUGAGCAGAUGCUGGAGUCUACAAGGGUGCAGGUGCAGAGUGGGCCACUUGAGGCCCACAGCCCCCAGGCUAGCAAGGAACCAAGCCUGUGGGUAUCUGACAGCACCUUCUCUCAAGAUCAGGGGGGUGAGCUUCAGAAUAUUCCGGGAGAGCAGGUGACAGAGGAACAAUUCACAGACGAACAGGGCAACAUUGUCACCAAGAAGAUCAUUCGCAAAGUCGUCCGGCAGGUAGAUUCCUCCGGCGCCAUCGACACCCAGCAACAGGAGGAGGUGAUUGUUGAGGGGCCCCUGGUGGACCCUGGGGAUCUGGAAGCUGAUAUUGAGUCCUUUAUGAAACUUACUAAGGUGGAGCUAAGAGGGCGUGGACUACAGCCGGACCUGCCAGAGGGCAGGAAGGGGGCUCAGAUAGUGAAGCGGGCCAGCCUGAAAAGGGGCAAACAGUGACCUCUCCUGGAGUAGCCCCCUGGGAGGAUCACACCUCAACACCCAAACCCUGAACUCCACACACUCUGUCAUGCACACAGAAGGAGACCUGGACCAGAGGGCUACUGGAGGGUCGCACGUGUCCUCAGAUCCCGGCAUGACCUGUGUAUGGGGCUCCCUUUAGUCUCGUAUUCGCAUGAACGACUGACUGUAGACGCAUGACCUACAGCCUUCAGUCCUGCCUCUAGCGACCAUGGAUCUCUGUGGGAAUCAGGACAAAGGCCGCCAGAAGAAGGGAGAGGAGGGAGGGAGAGCAAGCAAGCCCCAAAGAGCACAUGGGUGCAGACAUGAAUAAGGGCUCUACUGUGGCUGGGAUGGUUGGUUAAAGUUUGUUUGCUUCUUUUU